AUGACUAGCAACUUGUGGCGAACAUUUUGGACGACAAUCGUUGUAAUGGCCCAGAUAGCUGAGGCGCUCGUCGAUUGCACGCAUGGAUUUGUCGGCAGAAUGCAGGCUUCACUGACCGAAGAUUUCAUCCACAUCAACGAUACGAGGAUGUGCGCAGCAGAUUGGUGCAUACAAGUCAUUAUUCACGGAGCGUUUGAUGACGACAACACCUUCCAACAAGGCAUCUCAUCGCGAUGCGCGUAUACCGGUGGUGAUCGAUCGAUUUGUCAACAAUCGCAGAGCUGCCUGUCGAUCAGUUUUUACGAUGGAAUGAGGGGAAAUUUUUCGUUCUGCUGUUGCCGCGAAGCAGAAUGCAAUCGACCGACGGUCCAAUUGAUAGACCAAAUCUACGGUGGAUCGACGAAAAAGAGAGUUCGCUCUAAUGGCCACGAUUCGACAAGGAUAUCGACAAUUCUAUAUUUCACCCUCUCACUCCUUGCUCUCCGGCAUUACGGA